CGGCUUCACAUCGCUAAACUUCGGACUCGACGAUGGCCGUAACCAUCCUGAGUCCCGUUUGGAUCUCUCAAGCACGACAUCAGCAGAACAGCAGAGACGAGCUCACGUACAAAUUCUCUUCUUAUGCUUCCUUUCGACCAACAUCUUCUCUACAGAUUUAUUUUUCAUCGAUCUUUUCUUUUCAAAAAUAUUACGGACAUAAUUGUUAUAGUCGUAAAUCAUGCCAAUGCCUCUGAAGCUCAUUCAUAGUACAACUUAUAGAUGACGUUUCGUCUUAUUAUAUUGCCCUCACGUAACUUCAGGUUCAGAUUCCUGGCCUCGAUCCAGUAACGGGUCGACCACUAUUUGGCACAAAACUAGAGCGCGAGAGCCGCGGACAAGGUGACUUAGGCAUCCUUCGUGGUAACGAUAGUUUCGGGAGAGCUUCAGGUGCGCUAGGCGAGGUCUAUGGCGGGAGCAGCGCAAGUCGGAGUACGCUGGGUCCUAGUAGUACAGCGCUAGGCCGAAAAAAUCUGACCCGCCAUGGUUUUUCCGAUUUGAUCUACUCC